ACCGCGCAGGCGCGCUGAGCGUGGCGCUGCCAGGCCCGGCCUUUCUUUUCUUUUCUUUUGGGCGGCCGUUGGAAAAUGGCGACUGUCACGGAGCUCAAAGCAGUUUUAAAGGAUACUCUGGAAAAAAGGGGUGUACUGGGACACUUAAGAGCAAAGAUGAGAGCUGAAGUUUUUAAUGCACUAGAUGAUCAAGGUGAAAAACCUCCACCUCUGUCUCAUGAAAACCUCCUAAUUAAUGAACUAAUUCGGGAGUAUUUGGAAUUCAACAAAUAUAAGUAUUCUGCAUCUGUCCUUACAGCUGAAUCUGGUCAACCAGUAAUGCCAUUGGAGAGACAAUUUCUCAUUAAGGAAUUAAAUAUAUAUGAAGACUCGAAUGCAAAAACAGUACCUCUUUUGUAUGGAAUUAUAGCUCAUUUCUUACAUGCGAAUAAAGAUGGCAUCCAAACCACUUUCAUAAAAGGAUCUUCACUGCAGCUUCCAAGAUGAAAUUUUGGCAGGCAGUCCAAUUAAAAAAACAUGAAAUAUCUAUGGUCAUUUAGAAAAGUAGAGGUUAACGGGCACAGAAGAUCAUCAUGUUUCUCAAGCUGUGAAGAAGUAGCUUUCAUUUGGUGCAAAUGUACAUCAUUUGAUUUCCAUAUGUACAUAUUAAAUUGCUAUUUAUUGUGAUUUAACAAUAUAUAAAUAAUAUGUAUAUUUUGUAGAAAUGUAAGUUUUGGGAACAUAUUUAGCUGUCUCAUGUUUUUCUAAAUUUGUGAAUAAAGGUUGACUUUAUCAUUUAGCUUACUGAAUUUGACUUGAGAAAGAUAAGUAUAUUGUUUUUAGACAGUAUUUUAGGAGACUCCAAACUAGUGGAAAGUGAAAAUGCUUUCAUUUACCAUAAAAUUCCCCUCUGUGCCUUCUUUGUCCCUACUGGGAAACAAGGCUGAACAUAGCUGUGUGUUUUUCAACGUUCUUCAUUUUGCUGUAUUUUCUCAUCCAACUAAAAUUAUGUAAUAUAACAAAAUUACUUCAAAAUACCUACAUUUACAUAUAUAAAUAUAUAGGUAGCAAAAUUAAAAGGCAAAGGUAAUAAUAAUAAUAUUAAAACCAGGAAAACUGAUUAAUCAGUAAUUUGUAAAAUGUAAGGUGAUUUUCCAAGAAGCUGUUUUUUUCAGCUUUUGUUAAGGUUUUUUAAAUUACCAUUGAAUAUGAUUUUUUAAUAUCUCAGCAAUUUCUUACCUUAGAAAAGUUUAUGCUUUUGUUGGAAGGGUUAAUUUAGAAGUUGGACAAAGAACUAGCUCUUUCAAUUUCCAUUCAGUGAAACAAAGGGCCUAUUUUGUAGUAUGGACAUGUGAAAUUGCAGGCAUGAAGGGACAGGCUUUGAGUUAAAAUACCAGGAUGUGUCUACCUGUUAAAAAGAUGUUGUUUAGCUUUUAUAUAAUUCUCAAUUGUAUAAAGGAUGAAAUAUCAAAGUGCCUACCCCAUACUCACAUCUGGAAAUCUUCAUUAAAAUUUAUUUUGGCUUCAAAAUAGGAAGUAUUAUGAAAUUUUCUUACAAAGCUAGCUCUUCUAAAAUUUGCUUUCUCACGUAUUCAUUUGUUACAUGUAUAAAGUGGAGUUAACAUUUUCCCAGUUGUCAUGGAAUGUAUCUGAUUGCUACAAAGUAUGGUGCCUUACUUUCAGAAGUUACAUGCAAUAUAAUAAAAGUAAAAUUUUGGAAGGUAUCUCUUUGUUCUAGAGAAAUUUUAGCCUAACUGGAAACUCUUGUUUCUUAAUGUUAAGGGCUAGUUCAAACCAAACUCCUUCCAGUUGAAAAUACUUUGUACUGAUUUUAUGUUUGAUGAUAGUAGGUGAUGUUUAGCAUUUUGGGAUUAACAGAUCAAAAGUGUUACCAGAAUACAAAAAAAUUUUAAACUGCUACCAUUAGCCAUAAUCUUGUAAGUCGUCAGAUUUUAAAUAGAUCAGUCUACUGUACAGUUAAGAAUUUUAAGUACAAUUGAUUGAAUAAAACCAUAUGAAGAUGCAAGAGAACUAGUUACUAUUUUAAAAUGAAAAUUGUACUAUGUGAUUACAAUUAUGAGUUCCAUUAUGUUUUAUGUGGGAGUAUAAAUGUCUGGAUUCUUCCCAGAAGAUUAACUUCAGGCUUCAAGGAUGUUGGCAGUGAACGCUGAAUUUACCUCAGGAAUUGCAAUCAUGUAGGACCAGAGUCAGUCAAAAUUGAGUACUGUAAUUUUGGAUACAGAUGUCAAAACAUCAAAAUGGAAACUAAAUAGAAUUGUGUCACAUAUAGACCCUAGUGCUUUUGGAUGCAAUGUUUUGUAACAGUUUUUAUACUAAGAUGACUAAUAAUUUAAGUGUAUCUUUCAAUAAAUGAGGUUAAAGCA